GGGAGGGAGGGAGGGAGGGAGCACCCACGAGCUUCCAUCGCCGGCCUGGGCCAGCCCACAGAGGGCCCCACAGCAUGUGGGAACUGCGCUCCGUAGCCUUCUCCAGGGCGGUGUUCGCCGAGUUCCUGGCCACGCUGCUCUUCGUCUUCUUCGGCCUCGGCUCAGCCCUCAACUGGCCGCAGGCCCUGCCGUCCGUGCUGCAGAUCGCCAUGGCCUUCGGCCUGGGCAUCGGCACCCUGGUGCAGGCCCUGGGCCACGUGAGCGGGGCCCACAUCAACCCGGCCGUGACGGUGGCCUGCCUGGUGGGCUGCCACGUGUCCUUUCUCCGGGCUGCCUUCUACGUGGCCGCGCAGCUGCUGGGGGCCGUGGCAGGGGCUGCUCUGCUCCACGAGAUCACGCCACCGCACGUUCGAGGGGACCUGGCUGUCAACGCACUCAGCAACAAUACAACAGCUGGCCAGGCUGUCACCGUGGAGCUUUUCCUGACCCUGCAGUUGGUGCUCUGCAUCUUCGCUUCCACGGAUGAACGGCGUGGAGACAACCUGGGCACCCCUGCCCUCUCCAUCGGUUUCUCUGUGGCCCUGGGCCACCUCCUUGGGAUCCACUACACCGGCUGCUCCAUGAAUCCGGCCCGCUCCCUGGCUCCUGCUGUUGUCACCGGCAAGUUUGACGACCACUGGGUCUUCUGGAUCGGACCCCUGGUGGGCGCCAUCCUGGGCUCCCUCCUCUACAACUACGUGCUGUUCCCGCCCGCCAAGAGCCUGGCCGAGCGCCUGGCGGUGCUCAAGGGGCUGGAGCCCGACGCCGACUGGGAGGAGCGCGAGGUGCGCCGGCGACAGUCAGUGGAGCUGCACUCGCCGCAGAGCCUGCCCCGGGGCAGCAAGGCCUGAGCCGCCCCCACCCCCAGCCCCGGCCCCGGCCCCGGGGGGCUCCAGCGACCGGGCCCGCCGCCCACCUCGCCCCCCUCCCCGGCCCCAGCGCCCCAGGAGCCGCUGCCAGGGCGGCGGGUGGCUCUGUCCGCGGUCCCACCCUCUGGCGCCCGCGGGGAGCUGGACCCUUGGGGAGCGAGGCCAGCAGGCAGAGGACCUGGGAACCCGCGGCGGGAUUUUGCGAGCGUGCCCGCGUGUGUGCAGAAGUGUGUUCCUCCCCAGUGCCUCUGUGUCCCCAGGUGCGCGGUUGUGCAUACUCCUGGGGGCCAGUAGCUGUGCCUGUGGCGGUGCGAGUGCGCCCCCCAACCUCCCACUCCCCUCUCCACCAGAUCCUCCCCAGCGCAAUAAAUCUGCUUCCUCUGCAGUCACAUCCUCCCCAGGAGCUCUGAGAGAGUGCUCCCGGCGACAAGGGAAGGGGAGGGCCUGGAGGCCGCUUGGAGAGCCCCAUUGCCACCCCCUACCCUGCCUCUGCUGGAAAAUUCCCCCAAGCCGCAGCCCUAAGGUUUGCCAGCAUCCACUGCUAGAGACAGAAAAUAUCAACCGGAGAAUGGCUUCUCCAGAAGUGGCCUCCGGAAAAAGGGAGGGUUGGGUGGCCCAGGACCUCCUUUCUGCCCGGAGGGAAGACCUCUUCAAAAAAGGAAGCCCGCAUAUGUGUGUGUGUGCCUGUAUGUGUGUGUAUAUGUCCCACACGUGUGCACAAGACCCCCCCCCCCCAUCUCCAGGGGGCUCCGGACCCAGAGAUUAGCCUGUGGCAGAGCAAACAAAGCCCUCUAUGGGCCCCACGGCCUUUGUCUUGGGAGAGGGCGAGAUUUGCAACUGGACACUUGGUGAAAGGAGACACUCCGUUUCGCAAGUGAGGCCUCCCUCCCGGCUGUACCCAUGGUCGGCUGGUCGAGGCGGUCAGGCACGCAACCGCAGGCCUCACUCUCUCUUCCUCUCCCUCCCUUCAGGUUUCCUUCCACCGCACUCCAGUUACUGGGGUGGGGGAGAGCAGCCUAGCGCACUCUCAGGACCACAGAAGGGAAAUGACUUGUCCAGGCAGUUGCAGGUCUGUGUCUAGAGCCUGGGCUUCUAAAUUUCCAGGCCAGUGGAAUGGUUCUCAAAUGAGAUUAAGUGGGAUUAAGUGAGAUGAUGCAUGUAAAGAUGCUGCGUGAACUGUAAUUCCUCAUACCAUUAGCACGCGUUAUUGGGAUUAUUUCAUUAUUUCCGCUUCCUGUUGGUAGAACACCGAAGGGUCCUGACCCUCAGCCUCUUUUACCUUUAGUUGGUGGCCAGUGCAAAGGACAGCCCUGGGAGCCCAGGCAGAAGGGGAUGGGUUUGGGGCUGACCCCAUCCUGGUCGAGCCUCUUAACCUCUCUUGGCCCUGAGCGCACCCUUGCUGUUCCCCCACUUUCUUCCUCCCAUCACCCAGACCACGCGUCCUCUCCCUCCCCCUCCAGUCUGCUUCAUAGCUAACCUGAGAAUCACAACUUGAGUCCCCUUCUCCAUGCACUGCUGCCUCCGUGCUUUCCAGGCUUUUAACCAUGUCUGUCUCACACUACACCAGGCACCCUCUGUGUACCCGAGUCUCCAGCCCCUUCCCGCCCUCCAGCCCUUCAGAGAUGGACCAUGUAUGAGGAACAUCCCUGUGAUUGUGCCCACCUCCUCAUCUAUGGGUUUUUUUUUUCUGUCUUCCUUGACCAACGCUCCCUCUGGAGUCAGAAAAAGGCUGCCUCGGUCCACAGGUGCUAUGGAGAUGGUGGUCCCAAACCCCCGACAGCUGGUGACAGCCACCUGGCCUCACUCCCAGAGGAGGGGUUGUAUCAGAGACCAAAGUGACCCCUGGGGCGGUACUUUGAACUGCUCUGGCAGUUCAAAGGCAGCAAGGCAUUGAGCUGUGAACCAAGCCUGGAUGUGUCUCAGGCACUUCAUCCCCACCCCACCAAGAAUUUCUCUUUAUGUCUUCCUGGACUCCACUUCCUGGAUUGUUCCUCACCUAAAACUUAAUGUGACAUCACCAUGACUUCUUGCCCUGAUUGCCCAGAUUGGGGUCACUAAGGUCAGAGGUCAAGGCAAGAUUCAGAACGAUAAGGAGGGAGAGGACCUGACACCUCCAGAGCAUCUGUGUCCCAGACUCUGGGUUAAAACUUCAGGUGGGUUAGGGAAGGACAACAGUUUCCAGCUAUGCAGGGUUUUAACCUUUCCGAUGCAUCCCCUAUUAUUGCCCCCGAUUAUCUCCCGACCCUGUGACAACAGGCAGAGCAAAUAUUGUUCUUCCUAUUUUAUAGAUCAAGCCUCUGCAUUUCAGAGACUGGUCUAAAGUCACACAGCUGUAUGUAGUGGAGUCAAGACUUGAAUUCAGGCCUUCUUAGUCAAAAAUCCCAUGAUCUGUCCAUUCAGAGCUCAGAGGACCCUCUGGGGCAAGUCCUAGUUGCCCCUUGGGAGCCCCUGGCAAACACCAGAGUACACCACUGAGCCUGUCCAGCCCAGCCCUCUGCCUGGAGGUGGACACAGACCCUUGGGGACGGCUGCAGCAGGGUAGAGAGAAAAGGACAAAGGACACCAGGCUGGUUUCUGGCCUUGAAAAGCUCCCAGUGUGCAGGAGAACGGAGGUCAGACACACCCAAAACCAGACAGCAGCAAGGUAGCAUGGAGGCAGGUGGACUGGCUUCCAGGUCCUCAAGCUGGGAAACAGACAAGGCUUUGAACUGAAGGGAAAAGGUGGCUGAGCACUGGGUCCCAGCAGCAUCCCUUCCCAGAUCCCCACUUUGUGCCGGAUGACUUUGUGCCUGCGAAUGUUGCUUUCCUGGUGUUUUGUAUCUUUAAGCUGUGAUCCUGUAUACGUGCAGUGCCUCCCAGGCAAGACCGUAAGCCCUUUGGGGGCAGGGCUCCCUCCAGCUCUUGGAUGGCCUUCUCCUAUCUAUUCGCCUUCAUCUGUCUUGGCUAGCUCAGUGCACUGCAUAUAAUAAGCACUCAAUAAAUGCUCAUUUGCCAAUAAGUGCUA